AUGAAAAAAACAAAGAAUCGAUCUGAAGUUUCUCUAUCUACAAUAAAAUCAGAAACACAAUGUAAAGAAGAGAUUUAUGUCCCACCAUUAGAUGUUCUUAGUAUUAAAGUGUUAGGUGUGCGAGUACCCGACGAGUAUUCCAAGCCUUACUUCUUAAAGAUUUCUUUUUUUGAUCAAUUGCUGGUAUCGAAUGUGGUAAGUUCAUCUGGUUAUAAAGAAAGUAACGAAGAAAGGAUCAUCGCCAGAGGAUUCAUGAAUUAUGAUCCAUCAGACUACGAAAAAAUGUGCCUUUUUGCCGAUAACCCACUAACAGGU